AUCGUCGUCGUCGUCGUCAUCGUGGUCGUUGUCGAGUUUGUUCGUCGUCCGUUCAUCGUAACCGUCGAACCGAACCGGUGUGGCCUGUCAUAACAAAUCGACAAACAGAGACGCUGACGCAAACAGCGACCGUGACUGCGACUGCGACUGAGACGCAGACGCAGACGCUAAAACAGACUGCGAAGCUCAUUGCUGGCGGCUGUGAAGAUCACAGCGACUGACCAGCGUUCGUUUUUAUGGCACAGACAGACUUGAAUUGUAUCUGUAUCUGAACGAUACGAAGUGGCAUCGGGGCACCAUCAACAGAUAGACGACUUUCUGGUGCGGUUCCGAAGAGCAAACAAAAGCAUUAAGCAUUUUGCCAGUCAUUUAAAAAUCAAUACUAAAACAGACAAAAAAAGCCAAAGAAAUUCAAAACAACAACAACAACAACAACAAGUGAACAAAGCAGCCAAGAAUCAAAUGAAGCAACAACUAAAGCAACAGCAAAUAACACGAAAUACAACAACAACAGCAGCAACAAUACGACGACGACAACAAAUUAAAUAAUCUGUGCAAUUUGCAAAACACAACAACUAAAUAAACAACAACAGCUACUAAAAAGCGAAGUGCAACAACAUGUCGGAGAGCAGCGAUAAUAAUGGCGAGCAGCAAAGCCAGGGCCAAGGGGCGGAGGGCGAGGCCGUGGGUGAGAAUAAAAUGAAGUCGCGUCUGCGUAAAGGAGCCUUGAAGAAGAAAAACGUCUUCAAUGUCAAGGAUCAUUGUUUCAUCGCACGUUUCUUUAAGCAGCCCACAUUCUGCUCGCACUGCAAGGACUUUAUAUGCGGCUAUCAAUCGGGAUAUGCGUGGAUGGGCUUCGGCAAGCAAGGAUUCCAGUGUCAAGUUUGCUCCUAUGUGGUGCACAAGCGGUGCCAUGAAUACGUCACCUUCAUAUGCCCAGGCAAGGAUAAGGGCAUCGAUUCCGAUUCACCAAAAACUCAGCACCACUUCGAACCAUUCACAUACGCAGGACCCACAUUCUGUGACCAUUGUGGUUCCCUGUUGUAUGGCAUAUACCAUCAGGGUCUCAAAUGUUCAGCAUGCGAUAUGAAUGUUCAUGCCCGCUGCAAGGAGAACGUGCCCAGCCUCUGCGGCUGUGAUCAUACUGAGCGACGGGGUCGCAUCAAUCUGGAGAUAAAUGUCAAAGAGAAUCUACUCACCGUUCAGAUCAAGGAAGGGCGUAAUCUCAUACCAAUGGACCCCAACGGACUUAGCGAUCCGUACGUGAAGGUGAAGCUGAUACCAGACGACAAGGAUCAGUCCAAGAAGAAGACGCGCACAAUCAAGGCGUGUUUGAAUCCUGUCUGGAAUGAGACCAUCAGCUAUGACCUCAAGCCAGAGGAUAAGGAUCGACGCAUUCUGAUCGAGGUGUGGGACUGGGAUCGCACUUCACGCAAUGAUUUUAUGGGCGCCUUGUCGUUUGGCAUUUCGGAGAUUAUCAAGAAUCCAACCAACGGCUGGUUCAAGCUACUCACCCAAGAGGAGGGCGAAUACUACAAUGUGCCCUGCGCGGAUGACCAACAGGAUUUGCUGAAGCUGAAGCAGAAACCAUCGCAAAAGAAGCAGCCGGUGAUGCGCUGCGACACUCAUACGCACUCACAGUCCAAAAAGGACAUGAUACGUGCCACAGACUUUAAUUUCAUCAAGGUCCUAGGCAAGGGAUCCUUUGGCAAGGUACUGCUAGCAGAGCGCAAAGGUAGCGAGGAGCUCUACGCCAUUAAGAUACUCAAGAAGGAUGUGAUUAUCCAGGACGAUGAUGUGGAAUGCACGAUGAUUGAGAAGCGUGUGCUGGCGCUGGGCGAGAAGCCGCCGUUCCUUGUCCAGCUGCAUUCCUGUUUUCAGACAAUGGACCGCCUAUUCUUUGUCAUGGAAUAUGUGAACGGCGGCGAUUUGAUGUUUCAAAUACAACAAUUUGGCAAAUUCAAGGAACCAGUCGCCGUUUUCUAUGCUGCCGAAAUAGCUGCGGGUCUAUUUUAUCUGCACGCCAAGGGCAUCCUCUACAGAGAUCUCAAACUGGAUAAUGUCUUGCUCGACGCCGAUGGACAUGUGAAAAUUGCCGACUUUGGCAUGUGCAAAGAGAACAUAAUGGGCGAGAAGACGACCAAAACAUUCUGUGGAACACCCGACUACAUUGCACCCGAAAUAAUACUUUAUCAACCCUACGGUAAGUCUGUGGAUUGGUGGGCUUAUGGUGUGCUGCUUUAUGAGAUGCUGGUUGGACAACCACCAUUUGACGGCGAGGACGAAGAGGAGUUAUUUGCGGCCAUAACAGAUCACAAUGUUUCCUACCCGAAGAGUCUAAGCAAGGAAGCCAAGGAGGCGUGCAAAGGCUUCCUAACAAAGCAGCCCAAUAAGCGACUGGGUUGUGGCUCUUCAGGUGAAGAAGAUGUGCGUCUGCAUCCAUUUUUCCGACGCAUCGAUUGGGAGAAGAUUGAGAAUCGCGAAGUGCAGCCUCCAUUCAAGCCGAAAAUUAAACACCGAAAGGAUGUGUCCAAUUUUGACAAGCAAUUCACAUCAGAGAAAACAGACUUGACGCCAACGGAUAAAGUAUUUAUGAUGAAUCUGGAUCAAUCGGAAUUUGUUGGCUUCUCCUACGUGAAUCCGGAAUACAUUGUGAGCCCAUAAGCAGUAGCAGUAAAAGCUAACGAAUAAUUUUAAUUGGGCAUUGAAAUUACCCAGCGAGUUGUGUCAUCAGUUGAUAUUAAGUGUUAAUUCAAAAGACAUUUGUUAGCUCAUGUUUAUUUAGUUUAUAUCUUGUUGUUAUCUAUGCUAAAUGAAAGCAAUAAUAUUGUCUUAAGCUUUAUUUAGUGCUUAUUUAAUUAUAUACAACUAAUUUUUAGAAAUUCAUGAGUACUUUAAGUUAACAAACCGCAGUAUCUAAAUUUAGUUGCAUAUUUCAAUAUCACUGUUAAGCAAUUCUCCACGUUGAAACAGCAACUCGAAGCCAAAAAAAAGCAACAAAACAAAAAAAAAACAAAAAAGAAUAAACUAUGGAAUAAAAACUUUUAUUUUAUAUACCAUUACCCAACGCUUUUCUCUGCUUUCAACUUUCACUACAAGUUGUAAAACUUUUCCUUGCACUUUGCCUUUUUCAUUUUCAUAUUUCAAUUUUCCUGGCCCAUUUGACAACUUUCUCUCACGAUAAUUCCAAACUCUCGGAUUCAGCAAGUAUUAAAUUUGUGCUAAAUUAUUUAUAUGCAUACUAAUAUUAGUCCAUAAUAUAAUAAAAGGGAAGUAAUUUUUAGCAAAACAUCUGAAUGUUAUCUCACACAUUGAAUACAUAGAAAAAUUAUAAACUCACUCCGUUGAAUUAGAUAAUCUAUAAAUCUCUGAAUACACUAUAUAUUUUUAGCCAAAGCACUAAGCAACAAACGUUGAACUCAAUCUCAGCAAAUAGAUGAAUACAAAUACCUUACAAAAGAAUUCUACGAUUCGGGUCAGAAUUGUAACGUUGUUCGAUUAUAAUGUUGGCCCCUGCAUUAUCAUCAAAUCGAAAUAAACGUUUCACUAUGUUAAGAAGGAAAAUUUCACAAACCUAAUAUCAAAAAUAUCUUUGCAUAAUUUUUCACAAAUAUUUCAAGUGUUCUUGAGUCAACAAAUAAUAUUAAAACAUCCUUUUAUGUGUGCUUAUGAUUAUAUUAUAUGAAUAUUCAUUAUUCGGAAACAUUUUUAAUUCACAUAAAAGUUUUAUUUCUUAGCAGUAUGUAUAAGCCGAAUAUAUAUCGAAAGGAAUAUAUGAUCGGCAUAGAGUCUCAAUGUACCAUAAUAAAAAUAAACAAAAAACACGUAGCAAACAGAUUGCAUAGCAAUAAGUUAAAGCUAUAAUGUCUAAGUUUAGUCUAUUAGUAAAUAACUAUAUCAAAAGGAAGAAAGACGAUGAUGUCAAAGAUAAAUUAUUGCUAUUAACUGCGCCAGAAGUGUAGCUUUCUAAAGUACUUACUUAUAGGUGGAAGGAAAUAUACCCAUUGUCUUUGUUUUGACACUUUAGUACCUAACAAAAAUUAGAUGCUAAAACUACUGUUAAACAAUGAGAAAAGACAAUCUACUAUAAGCACAUGAAAUACCUUGAGUUACACAAACUAAACAAAAAAACAAAGAAAAGUAAAUAGAGCAACAGUUAAAUGAAAUAAAAUUCAAACUUAACAUUUUUGGUAGCGCAACCUAAGCUAAGCUUUUGUGCCUCUUAUAGUUAUCUUUCUUUCAGCAAGCGUAAGAAAUUCUGAACUCUGAAAUUUAACUUUAAAAAGAAUAAUACAAAAUACAAGAAAAUUGUAACUUACAUAUUUAAUAAAUAUUACAUAAUACGUAUAGAACUUAAUCAACUGAUAUCUCUGUAGCCAAGCUAUGUGCUAAAAAGUAGGGCACAAAAACCGAUAGAUUGAAACUAAACUAAACUUAACUAAACAAAAUGAUAAAAGCAAAAGCAAGAUAAGGAAAAUAUAGUAUGAAUUUGAUGAAAAUCUAAAGUAAUUUGACACAUAUUUAUAUAAAAGAUGUAUAACUCCGAACUUGAAGCAUUUAAAUCAUUUAUUUCAUAGCAAAAUGAUGCGUCGAAAUAUUAUGAUAAAUGAAAUCAAAUAUUCAUAUAUACGUAUUGUAAGCUAAAUAAAAAAUAACAUAACAUAAUAUGAUACUAUUUUAAUUUGAUAUAAACUAAUUUUGUGACUACUUAUGACUACGACGAGUACCACUAAAAGUUCAAGUUCAACAGAUUGUAUUUGCUCGUAUAUUGACCUAAAAUAUGAAUAUAAUAUAUUUAAUAUGACGAUUAAUAUGCAUAUGUAUGUGUGUGUAGUACGAAUAUAAGAUGAUUGAUUACUUUAAUGAAUUUGAUGGUAACAAAACAAAAUUUCCAAGUCUGUUCAAAUAUUGAAAAUAUUUACGCAUUAAAUCUAAAAUUACAACUAAACUUAAUAUUAAAGUUUAGAUAAAAUUAAUUUUACUAUUGAACUAUACAAAUCGCAUAUUUAUUAUUGACAUAUA